ACGUCGCGGCGAUUCCCUCGGCCAGGGGCGAGCGUGACAGCAUCAUCUUCAUUGCCGCCGCCAGGGGUUGAUCCUCCCUGCCCGCCAUCCAUGGAGGACUUCUGCGCGGUGUGCGCAGAUACGAUGGAUUGGGUGGCCUACGGGUUGUGCGGGCACCGCGAGGUGUGCUCCACAUGCGUCGCCCGCCUACGUUUAGUGAUGGACGACAAGAGGUGCUGUAUCUGCAAGACGGUCUGCCCAUCGGUCUUCGUCACUAAGGCCAUGGGUAAAUACACUAGAGUGGUCACUGAUUUCUCUGUGUUCCCCAAUGGGGCAAACGAGGGCAAAGCUGGGGAUUUCUGGUACCAUGGGGAUACACAGGCAUACUUUGAUGAUGCGGACCACUACCGGAUGAUACGGUCCAUGUGUCAACUUUCCUGUAAUGUUUGUGACAACGCAGAAGAUCAGGAUGCUCUUGCUGCUCAAGCAAAGCGUAGAAGCAAGUUCAGGAACAUUGAUCAACUGAAGGGACAUUUAUACCAUGUGCAUAGGUUGCACAUGUGCAAUCUUUGUUUGGAAGGGAGGAAGGUGUUCAUUUGUGAACAAAAGCUUUAUUUGAAGUCACAAUUAGCUCAGCAUAUGAAGACUGGCGACUCUGAAGUGGAUGGCUCUGAGGUAGAGCGCAAUGGUUUUGCUGGGCAUCCAAUGUGUGAGUUCUGCAGAAGUUCAUUUUAUGGAGAUAGUGAGCUUUACAUGCAUACGUCCAGGGAACACUAUUCUUGCCACAUAUGCAAGAGGCAGAACCCUGGUCGUGUUGAAUAUUUCGCGAACUAUGAGGACAUUGAGUUGCAUUUUAGAGAAGAUCAUUUCCUAUGUGAAGAUGAAGCAUGUUUGGAAAAGAAGUUUGUUGUCUUCCUGAGUAAAGCGCAGCUGAAGAAGCAUAAUGCUAUGGAGCACGGUGGGCGGAUGUCUCGUUCUCAGAGGAAUGCUGCACUUGAGACACCUAGCAGCUUUAUAUAUCGCAGAAAUGAGCAAGAACAACGGCGUGGCAGGGGCGGUAAUGCUUUCCAUGAUCGAUCUAACUGCCAUAUCUCAUCAUCUGCAAAUGCUUUCCAUGAUGGAUUUGACUGUCAUAUCUCAUCGUCUGCAAAUGCUUUCCAUGAUCGAUCUGACUGUCAUAUCUCAUCAUCUGCAAAUGCUUUCCAUGAUAAAUCUGACUGCCAUAUCCCAUCAACUGCACAAAAAGACCGGGCAGCUGCCGAUGGCCAUGCAGAGCGUCUUGACAAUGUUUCAGAGUCGUUUCAGUCAUUAAGUAUUGGAUCCAGUUCUAGGGAAGCUGAAGUUGGCGAAGGCUCAAGGACUGGACGAGUGCUGGAACAGUUGUCCUUCCGACCUCUUUCUGACCCGGAUAUUCCUGACAAUAGUGUUGAAACCUCAUCCCCUUCAUUAUCAGAGCAGCAAUCCAGUCUCAAUCAGAGUGCAAGGGACGCUCCGAGGCUUGGAGAUGAGUCACUGUUCCCCCCUUUGACUGGGUCUAGUAACAAGAUGAAGCAGCCUGUUUUUACGCCUAAGCGUCCUCGAACUUUUCCUGCUGCCGAGGAUAUCCAUGCUGCAAAGAUGCGCUAUGCUCUGGGAAUGAACGAGGACAUGUACUCUGCGUUCAAAGAGAUCGCUGGUGAAUACCGUCGAGGUACCAUAGAUGCUUUUGAGUAUCUUUCAUAUGUCGAACAGUUCGGACUGUCGCACCUUGUUCCUGAGAUGGCUAGGCUAUUGCCUGAUUCUCGAAAACAGAGGGAACUUGCUGAUGCGCACUAUACAAAUACACGGUUGAAAAACCUCCAAGAAAAUGGAAAUAAUAGGAAGGGGGGAUUCUUCUUAUCAAAGAAGAAAAGCCUCCAAGAAAAUGGAGGUGGAACUAGCCAAUGGAGGUGGAACUAGUAGAAAGUUCAUGUUAUAGAAAGCACUGCUGACGGAUGAUGUGAACAGGGCACAAGCAGAUAACAUUCAGGAUACUGUAAGAAUGCUUCAAUCAAACCAUCUUGCUUAGAAAGGAGAAGCUGAGGUGUUGUCCAAGGAUGGGUAUCGAUCUUCCAUGGAGGUCCAACCGGCCGCCGCUGGACCUUCAUCUAAUCUGGAUAGUGAAAGUCAUCUAGUGCAACGGAGGAGGCAAUAAGCAACCAAAGAAGACAUCAAGGUUUCUAAGAGCUCGUUCAGGUGACAACUCGUUAGCCAUGCUUGGUUUCAGACGGCCAAGUGCAAGCCCUGAAUGUCCACAAAGGGAAUUACAAGGUCCAGAGACGUGGUUGCCAGCGCGAGGUGCUUGGAAGACGAAGAAUGGUGGGGGAUAGAAACUCUUUUUGAUCAAUGGACGGAAGAGUCAUUGCAACUGCAUUUAGACGUGUCCAUAUACUUAUGUAUUUUUUGAAUUUUGAGAUAAAGUCGUGGUAUUGAAAAAUAUUAUAGUAUUUUUCCAAGUGUUUGGCUACCUUGUAAAAGCUAUCUUUUGAAUACUAUAAUUUAGUAGUUCCAUGGUUUAGUAGAUACCAUGAUAU